GUAAAUAUUUCAAAUAAUCUAUAGCUUAGCUUAGCUAGUUCAUUGUGAUGAAGUUAACAGGUAGAAAAUACAAAAUGAAACUACUUUAGAAGUGGGUUAGCGGUUGAUUUACUAUUUAGUCGAUCACUUUUACAAAGGUUACGAGUCAAAACAAGUGUCGGGGGGGUUGGGCGUUUCCACCAAGCAUACGACCGAGGUUGGUUUAACCUGACGCACAACUCUACUAACUUCCCCCAACCUUGUAUCUCGCCAUGCGAAAACGAUCGCGAUUCAAACUUUUAACGUACCUUGCUGUAGCAGGGUUAAUAACACUUGUUUUCGUCGCUUUUAACAAUUCAGUUUUUGAUCCGUCUGUUCCGAGAAAUAGUCCUAUCUCUAAAGAGCUCCAUAAAGUAAUCUCACCUUCAACAUACAGGUUUAUACUGAACCAGCCAGAAGUGUGUGAGAAGAAGACUCCUUUCCUAAUUCUGAUGAUCCCAGUUACUCUCAAAGACGCAGAGGCGAGGACUGCUAUCAGGAGAACGUGGGGUCAAGAUGGCUUGGUUCCUGGUGUGAGUAUUUUGCAUUUGUUUGUCGUUGGUCAGCCUGCAAGAAGUGACCCAGUACUACAGGAACACCUUCAGAAGGAGAGCAAGGAACAUGGAGAUAUUAUUCAGAUGGAUUUUGUGGACAGUUACCAAAAUCUUACAGUCAAAACAAUGAUGAUUAUGAAUUGGGUAGCCACCUACUGCCAGAGUGCUUGGUAUGCCAUGAAGAUUGAUGCUGAUAUCUUUCUUAAUGUGUAUUACCUGGUGGAUUACCUGCAUGGCCGGGGUGAAUCAAGGAAAGACUACAUCACUGGAUCGGUCAUUUCAGAUGCAAUUCCACACAGGGACAGCAUCAACAAAUGGUACAUCUCUAAGGAUCUUUAUGCAAAAUCCUGGUAUCCACCAUACGUUUCGGGAGCUGCCUAUCUUUUUUCCACUGACUUGGCUGGAAAAAUAUCAUGGGCCUCAAGAUUUGUGCAACCAAUUCCACUUGAAGAUGUCUAUGUGGGGUUGUGUCUGGACGUGCUGGGUGUAAAACCAGUUUAUGCAACAAAGUUUCUUGGACUUAGAAAUCUUUUUGAGGUGCGCAGACUUAAAUAUGAAAGAUGCACUUUUGCCACGCGCAUUAUAGUCAAUGGUUUUAAGCCAAAGUAUCUUCUUCGCAUCUGGCAUGACUUUCAGAAGUCUCGUUUUACAUGUUGAAAACAAAUAAAAUAUAAUAAUUACCAGUGUUGAGGAAAUUACUAUUGAAAGUAAUGCAUUACAGUAUUGAGUUACUCCCCAAAAAAGUAACUAGUUGUGUAGUUACUUUUUAGGAUAAGUAAUGAGUUACAUUACUUUUAUUACUUUUUAUUACCUGGCUGAGGCUUGAUCUUUCGCAGAACUUUUUUUUCUUCUUUUUUUAAUAGAGGAGCUCUGCACUUUAACACACUGUAUAACAUACACCUACAUUUACCUUUAAAAACACAUAAAAAAAAUUAGGAUAAUGUUAACUGAGAACUUCCUGACCCCAGAGCUAUACAUGCUGUAUGUACAAAUAAUAGAAAAUUUAAAGCAAUGUGUUUGCUACUUUUGGCCUAUUUGUCUUAAGUAAAAUCACUGUCCAUUGAGACAAUCUCCUUUUCCUUUUCUUCGAUGCGUUGAAAAUAAUGAACACAUUCUCUCAUGGACUGCGUGAUUCAUUGUGACUACUUUAAUUUUAAUUCAGCAAUUUAUUUUUUAAAAGCGAAUGAAUUAAGUUAAAAAAGUAACUCAAAUAUUAUUGCAUAUUUUUUAAAAGUAAUGCAUUACUUUACUCGUUACUUAAAAAAAGUAAUAUUAUUAUGUAACUCACAUUACUUGUAAUGUGUUACCCUCAACACUGAUAAUAACACAUAAUAAACAUAAAUAGUCAUUGUUAUACAGAUAAAAUAGAACAUGGACUUGGUUGAAGUGGAGAUUAGAAACACUUUAGAUAACAGAAACAUUAACAAAGACUUUUUUUCCAAAAUCCAUCGUCCUCCAGAAGGAUGUAAAAUUAUGAAAUUAUGUUAUUUACAGGAUUUGGCUUAAAGGGCGAAAUUUACUAAUAUGAAUGACAAUCUCUUUUUAUUGGCAGAUUAUUGGCUAAAUUAUGUGCCCUUCUAAAGCUGUAUUUGUUUAAACUAGAUGCUUGUGCUCCUGUUUUUUCUCUCUGUGUGUAUUAGAAUAUUAGGUAAAGGUCAUGUUCCAUGAAAUAUUUUGUAAAUGUCCUACUGUAAACAUAUAAAAAAACUUUUUGAUUACUUA